GCUGCGCCCUGAGGGCUGUUUCGUGACGUCAGGCUGAGCGAGGGGGCGCCUCCUCCCGGCUGCUUGCCCCUCCAGGCCUCGCGGCCCCCGCCUGCCCUUUAAAAGAGUGAGGCCUGCGCCAACCGCGCCACACCGCGGGGACAGGACGCACCGCUGGCUUCCCGGAGCACGUCCAUCUCGCCUUCCUGCCGCAUCCUGACCACCUUCCUUCUGCAUCCCGCUUCUCCGGUUCAGCCGGGCCGGGCCAUGCAGCCGGCAGCGCUUCUUGGCCUCCUGGGAGCCGCAGUGCUGGCCGCGGUCAGCUCUGUGCCCGUGGAUAACAGAAACCACAAUGAAGAAGUGGUGACUCGCUGCAUCAUCGAGGUUCUCUCAAAUGCACUGUCCAAGUCCAGUGUUCCACCCAUCAGCCCCGAGUGCCGGCAAGUCCUGAAGAAGAGUGGAAAAGAGGUCAAAGAUGAUGAGAAAAGUGAGAAUGAAAACAAAAAGUUUGAAGUAAGAUUGUUAAGAGACCCAGGUGAUGCCACAGAAGCCCACAGACUCUCCAGCAGGGAGGAAGCUAGAGCCCCAGGGGAGGUAGACACUCAAGGCCAGACAAAGACUGACAGGGAGAAAUGGGAAGAGGGAAGCAAACACAGCCAAGAGGGCAUGGAUGAGUCUUGGGGGAGUCUCUAUCCCUCCAAGGACAAUGGCCAAGGAUCUGAAGAAGCCAAGGUACACUAUUCUGAGAAGAGCGAGAAUGAGGGCAGGGAGGAAGAAGAGGGAGAGGACCAUCAGAAAGGGGAGCAUGGGGAAGAUGCCAGUGAAGGGAGGCACACUGAAGAGGCAGGAGAGACACAGAAUGCCCUUCUCAACAAAAGAAGCCAGGCUUCAGCCAAGAAAAAAGAGGAGUUGGUGGCCAAAUCAGAUACCCACUCUGCUGGGCUCCCUGAGAAGACACACAGCGGGGAGAAGAGCAGCCAGGAGAGUGAAGAGGAGGUGAGAAGCCAGGAGAAAUCCCCUCAAGAGUCUCACAGCCAACCUCGGAGCCAGGAAGAAUCGGAGGAAAGUGAGGAAGAUGCUACCUCUGAGGUGGCCAAACGACACAUGAGGCCCAGACAUCACCAUGGGAGGACCAGGCCUGACAGGUCCUUUCAAGAAGAGAAUCUUCCUUCUGAGGAAAAGGGACAGGAAUCUAAGGAGGCAAACAUGGCCAUGACCAGUUUAGAACAGAGAGACCACCACUCUACCCAUUAUCAGGCAUCAGAGGAAGAACCUGAAUAUGAGGAAGAAGCAAGGGGUUAUCCAGGUGUCCAGGCUCCUAAGGACCUGGAGGGUGGACAAUACAUGGGCAGAGGAAGUGAGGAGUACAGGUCUCCAAGGCCUCACAGUGAGGAGAGCUGGGAGGAGGAGGACAAGAGAAACCGCCCCAGCUCAGAGCUUAACAACUUAGUGCAGGGAUAUAGUGAAGGGAGUGAGGAAGAGAGGGUCCAUGAGGCAGGGAAGGGACACCAUUACAGAGGGAGAGGAGGGGAACCAGGUGCCUAUUCUACUCCUGACACCACAGAAGAGAAAAGGUUCUUGGUUGAAGGACAUCAUCAUGUUCAGGAAAGUCAGAUGGACAAGGCAAGGAGACAUCCACAAGAUGAGUGGCAAGAACAGGACAGAAAUUACCUCAAUUAUGGUGAGGAAGGAGCCCAAGAAAAGUGGCAGCAGCGGGAGGACCUCCGAGACCCUAGAGAAAACAAGGAGGACGAUAGGCUUCAAGACAAACAAUAUGUCUCCCAUCACAUCACUGAAAAGAGGAAGAGAUUAGGGGUGCUGUUCAACCCAUACUUUGACCCUCUCCAGUGGAAGAACAGCCAUUUUGAGAGAAGAGACAACAUGGAUGACAAUUUUCUUGGCGGUGAAGAAGAAAAUGGGCUGACCUUGAAUGAGAAGGCUUCCUUCCCAGAAUACAGCUAUGACUGGUGGGAGAAAAAGCCCUUCUCUGAGGAUGUGAAUUGGGGAUAUGAGAAGAGAAGCUUCCCUAGGGCUCCCAAACUGGACCUGAAAAGGCAAUAUGACAGGGUGGCUGAGCUGGACCAGCUCCUUCAUUACAGGAAGAAGUCAGCUGAAUUCCCCGACUUCUAUGACGCCGAGGAACAGCUGAGCACACGCCAGGAGGCAGAAAAUGAACAGGAAGGGGCUGACCAUCUGACGGAGGAAGAGGAGAAACAACUUGAAAACUUGGCUGCGAUGGAUUUGGAAUUACAGAAAAUAGCUGAGAAGUUUAGUCAAAGGGGCUGAUGGUUGCUUGAACGACCAACAUUUUCAAGAAAUAGCCCUUAUAUUACCUAUUUUCUACCACUUUGCUCAAAGACACCAUUUAUUUACUCAGUCAGAAAGUAGAAUUUACUAUUCCUUAACGUUUGACACAGUUGGAAAUGUCCUUGAUUUUUGCCAGAAUGCUAUGAAAACAUGAAUAGCAUGACCUGUAGAAUAUUCUUUCUUGCAAAAUAGACAUAUAAUAUGCUUGCGACAAUGA